AUGGCAUUUCAGGGGACAACCACCAAGUGCACUGCUUGCGACAAGACGGUGUAUUUGGUCGACAAGCUCAUCGCCGAUAAGCGGCCCUACCACAAGGCCUGCUUCCGCUGCCACCACUGCAAUGGCACCUUGAAGUUGGGAAACUUCAAUUCCUUUGAAGGAGUGCUAUAUUGCAAACCCCAUUUUGAUCAGCUGUACAAAACCACAGGCAGCCUGGAGAAAAGCUUCGAAGGGACCCCAAAAAUUGUGAAACCAGAGAAGCCUAUCGACAAUGAGAAUGCAAACAAAAUGUCAAAUGCUUUUGUUGGCACACAAGAAAAGUGUGUUGGAUGCAGCAAGACAGCUUACCCAACUGAAAGGGUCAAGGUUAAUGGAGCGGCAUAUCACAAGAGCUGCUUCAAAUGCUGCCAUGGCGGAUGCGUCAUCAGCCCUUCUAACUACAUUGCCCACGACGGAAAACUCUACUGCAAGCACCACCAUACUCAGCUCAUCAAAGAGAAGGGCAACCUGAGCCAACUCGAGACGGAUAGAGAGGCGAGUUCCGGUGUGGGCGAAGCACCUGAUGAACCUGAGGCAGGUAAAACAGAGGAAACAACUGAUGAGCCAUAG